AUGUUCACCUUUUGCCCGCUCCAGGGCGCCCUGUCCGAGUCGACGGCCUCGCAGUCGCUGCUCGAGCUCGACGGCGGCGUCAAGGUGCUCGUCGACCUGGGCUGGGACGACUCGUUUGACGUGCACAAGCUCGAGGAGCUCGAAAAGCAGAUACCGACGCUCUCCCUCGUCCUCCUCACCCACGCGACCGCCUCCCACCUCGCCGCCUACGUCCACUGCUGCAAGAACUUUCCCCUCUUCACGCGCAUCCCCGCCUACGCGACGCGCCCCGUCAUCGACCUCGGCCGCUCCCUCACGCAGGACCUCUACUCCUCGACGCCCGCCGCCGCCACCACCAUCCGCCAGAGCUCCCUCUCCGACGUCGCCUACGCCUACUCCCAGACCGCCACCGCCGCGCACAACCUCUUGCUGCAGUCGCCCACCCCCGACGAGAUUGCGCGUUACUUUUCCCUCAUCCAGCCCCUCAAGUACUCGCAGCCGCACCAACCCAUACCCUCGCCCUUUUCGCCGCCGCUCAACGGCCUGACCAUCACCGCGUACAACUCGGGCCACACGCUGGGCGGCACCAUCUGGCACAUCCAGCACGGGCUCGAGUCCAUCGUCUACGCCGUCGACUGGAACCAGGCGCGCGAGAAUGUCUUUGCCGGCGCGGCCUGGCUGGGCGGCGCGGGCGGCGGCGGCGCCGAGGUCAUCGAGCAGCUGCGCAAGCCCACCGCCCUCAUCUGCAGCAGCCGCGGCGCGCAGGCGGGCGGCCGCGCCAAGCGCGACGAGCACCUGGUCGAGAUGAUCAAGUCGUGCGUCGCCAAGGGCGGCACCGUCCUCAUCCCCGUCGACUCGAGCGCCCGCGUCCUCGAGAUGUCGUACCUGCUGGAGCACGCGUGGCGCGCAGACGCGUCGCAGGGGGGAUCCCUCGGCGCGGCCAAGCUGUACCUGGCCGGCCGCAGCAUGUCGAGCACCAUGCGCUACGCCCGGAGCAUGCUCGAGUGGAUGGACAACAACAUUGUCCAAGAGUUCGAGGCGUUUGCCGAGGGACAGCGGAGGGUCAAUGGCGCCGGCGACAAGAAGGAGGGCGGCCCGUUUGACUUCAAGUACCUGCGCCUGCUCGAGCGCAAGGCGCAAAUCUCCAAGCUGCUGGGCCAGGCGGCGGAAGAAGGCGGCCGCGUCAUCCUCGCCAGCGACACGAGCAUGGAAUGGGGCUUCUCCAAGGACCUGCUGCGGGGCCUCGCCGCGGACACCAAGAACCUCGUCAUCCUGACGGACCGGCCGAGCAUGGUCGACGGCGCCGCGCCCUCGGUCGCGCGCACGCUGUGGGAAUGGUACAAGGAGAGGAGGGACGGCGUGUCGGUCGAGCAGACGGGCGGCGGCGACAGCCUCGAGACCGUCUACGGCGGCGGGCGCGAGCUCGAGAUCAAGGAGGCGGGCCGGCAGCCCCUCGAGGGCGAGGAGCUCGCCGUGUACCAGCAGUGGCUCGCCACGCAGCGGCAGCUCCAGGCCACGCAGCAGGCGGGCACCGCCGUGGAGCCCGCGGCCGACGUCGACGACGCCUCAUCGGAAUCUUCAUCCGACUCGGAGGACGACGACGACCAGCAGCAGGGUAAGGCCCUCACGGUGUCGGCCACGCUGGGCCAGGCCGGCCGCAAAAACGUGGUGCUCAAGGACGAGGACCUCGGCAUCAACGUGCUCAUCAAGAAGCGGGGCGUCUACGACUUUGACCCGCGGGGCAAAAAGGGCCGCGAGCGCUCGUUCCCCAUGGCCAUCCGGCGGAAGCGCACCGACGACUUUGGCGAGCUGAUCCGCCCCGAGGACUACCUGCGCGCCGAGGAAAAGGACGAGGACCACGCCGACGCCAACGUGGCCGCCGAGGACGACAAGCUCGGCAAGAAGCGCAAGUGGGACGACGUGGCCAAGGCCGGGCCCGGCAAGCGCGCGCCGCCCAAGCAGGCCGACGACGCCGACGCGGUCUCGGCCGACGGCUUCGAGCACGACGAGCUGGACGUGGCCGACGACGCCGAGCCGGAGGAGCCGGCGGGGCCGUCCAAGCUGGUCUACGCCUCCGAGACGGUCACGGCCAACCUGCGCAUCGGCUUCGUCGACUUUGGCGGCCUGCACGACAAGCGCAGCCUCGACAUGCUCAUCCCGCUGAUCCAGCCGCGCAAGCUGAUUCUCGUGGCCGGCAACCGCGACGAGACCAUGGCGCUGGCCGCCGACUGCCGCGCGGCUCUGGGCGGCGCCGACGUCUUCACCCCCGAGGUGGGCGCCUGGGUCGACGCCAGCGUAGACACCAACGCCUGGGUCGUCAAGCUGGCCGACCCGCUCGUCAAGAAGCUCAAGUGGCAAAACGUGCGCGGCCUCGGCAUCGUCACCAUCAGCGGCCAGCUGCUCGCCGCCGCCGCAGCAGCAGCAGCAGCGUCGGCGCCAGACGGGGCCGACCAGCACGACGAGUCGUCGCCCGCCAAGCGCCAAAAGACGGAGCAGUCCACGGCCUACGGGGCCGACCAGCACGACGAGUCGUCGCCCGCCAAGCGCCAAAAGACGGAGCAGUCCACGGCCGUCACCCUCGCGACGCCGGCGUCGGGCCCGCUGCCGGUGCUCGACGUGGUGCCCGCGAACCUGCUCGCCGCGGCGCGCACGGCGGCCCGGCCGCUGCACGUGGGCGACCUGCGCCUCGCGGACCUGCGGCGCGCCAUGCAGAGCUCCGGCCACGCAGCCGAGUUUCGCGGCGAGGGCACGCUCGUCAUCGACGGCGCCGUGUCCGUGAGGAAGACGGCCGAGGGGCGCGUCGAGGUGGAGUCGGUGGGCAUCCCGGUGUCAGGACGGAGGAGCACCAUGUACGAGGUGAAAAAGGCCAUCUACGAGGGCCUGGCCGUGGUGGCCGGGGCAUAG